GUCUAAAUCAGACAUACAAGCCUCUACUUCCUGGUAUUGGGCCUGUUUGAAUGGAAGCGUUCUAAAUUGCUUGAGUUUUUGUGUAUCUCAGGUAAAGGCUCACCCUUAAGUUCUCAUUGCACACUUCGAAGGCACAUAACAGAUUUGUUCCCUUUUUGACAUUACACCCUGAUUCAAGUUCUCUGAAGUACUAUCAAUUGGAAGAAGGGCAUGCAGGUCAUUCAAUGGACUAUUCUUCCUUUGGGAAUAAAAUUCAGUACUGGAUAGCCAGGCUACCGAGGGCAUGUCAGUUUAUGUUCGAGUAAGUUGAAUGUUUAUACUUCUUGAACCAGGGCUCCGGGCUAGUUUACCCCCAGUGGAUAAAGCACUUCACAGAUAAAAAGUUAAAUUGACCGUUGCACGAAUAUUCCUUUUCUUGUGCCAAAUUCUACAUUGGAUACUGUUUUUCAAUAGGAUGCGGCUUAUACAAAAACUAAACUGACUCUCAACACCAGAGCUCACCACUUGAUAGCUUCUAGCCUCUUUCACCUAGAAAUUUAUUGAUCUCAAGCUACUAGCAGCGCGUGAACAGGAUAUAUCAUCAUGAGUUGAUGUUGCUGUCAUUUUCAAUUGAACAUGUUUUUGUCCAUGGAUAUACAAAUAGGAGACCAUUAGAUGCAAAUACAGAAUGAUCUUUUCGAUGGUGGCUGAACAACCAACAAUGUGUUAAUUUCAGCCAACUAAAACAAACAGUUUCCUAAGAAGGUUUUAACCUUGGAAUUGUGGUGUUCCUUAUACAGACUCCGACGCACACUGAGAGAGCUUGUGAGCAUAAAUAUCUAAGCAACGGAAUAUCUACCUUGGGAAUAGCUUCAUGAAAAAUGCAUGGUCAAUCUCAAACAUCUCUCAUCACUCGGAAUACAAUAAACAAUUCAAACACUAUCGACCAAUGAGUAAUCACUCGUGUAUAUUUUUAGGUAUAUUUGUAAUUUCAUAAAAAAUUUCUAAAAGUACAUAAUGUUGUUCUCUGAUGAAAAUCAAUGAAAAGUUCAAUGAUGCACGGAAGGAUAGGCAUGGCUGUUCAUGUGCAUGAUUAUCACCAGUGAUUUAAUGUUGAAAACUUGUGACAAGAAUUUGCGAGGAUGAUACGCUAUAUGACUACAUUGUAUAUAUAAAUAAACUUACUAGGAUUAGUUUGGCAGUUUAUUCUAGGAUUAUAUCUUGACAGGAGAGACUAGUAUGAUACAUGGACUACUUGAUUACAACUCUUGGUUAUAACUAGCGAGGAUAGGCUUGGCAGUCCACCACAUGAUUAUAACUCUCGAUUAUAACUCGCAAGGAUAUGUUUGGCAGUUCACUUAUUAUAACUUCAUUGAUAGGCUCCCUGCCCUGAAUAUAACUUGAGAGGCAGUUACACGCUUAUAAUUGUCGUGCUUCAUUGUCUUUCCAAUUCAAUCACUGGGCUUAAGGAAGAGCUCUGGAGGAAGAAAGUGAUAUAAUGACACACGUUUAAGUUCAAUGAUAUAACACAAUGCUCGGCAGGUACGGAAAGCCAAAUGCCGAACCGUCUCAUCCGAAGAAAGAGCGGAGGAGUUUGAAGUACAAUGAGUCUCCAGUUAUUGGGAUAGGAUACGCGCGGCACUCAGAUAGUGUCACAUUGUCGGACGAAGACCAGUCGUCUGGCGGACUGGUAUCAAGACCUCAGUUUUCGUAUGGGCCGCACAGUGGUGAGAGUAAUUCAAAUUUGGGUUUUUCCAAAACAACGGCGCCAAACAAGGACGUCUCCGCUGAAUAUUCUUUUACGCCUUCGUCAUCUGAUUUCGAAUCAUCGACAUCAAGUUCAACAUUUUCGCGGAGAUACAGUUCAGGACAAACAACUUCUAGUCAUAGCCUAGCAAAUCAAACGGACAUGUUUCCAGACAAUGGUAACCCACUGGUAGCUGCGUUUAUCCACAGUGAGAAUACCGAGUCAAGCAUGAUGUCAUAUGGGGCGAAUGUGACAUCACAUCCCAGGUCUGACGUCACACUCAAGCAGUCGAAUUCACUGUAUUCGAUCGAAGGUGACUUUUCUGAUUCUCCCAAUGGGAUAUCAUCUGCAUUAUCAGAACCAGCGUUAUGUCGCAGUUCUCCAGAUGGAACCCCCACAAAACAUGACCCAGCACUUUACUGCUCAGAUGGGCUUUUAUAUGUGAGAAGGACGAUUUCCCUUAUUGGAAAUGAAAGGCAGACGUUCAUGCAUCAGAAUGACGCUGAUGAGAAUGAAGAUUUUUCAAAAUAUAUUGAAGAUGAUGACUAUUAUGUUCCAAGAUUGGCUGCGAGUUCAAGUGCAGUGAAGCGGAGGGUUAAUAGGAAGAAAGCAAACAGUCAAUACAGUCGGUCUUAUGAGCGCCAAGCUGAUGGUACAGCAGUCCUGAUUGCGACUCGGAGCAUGAAAGACAGGUUCUUUGGCUUCUUCAACAAGAAUAAGAAACAGACGCAGGCAGCUUCGGAGAAGCCUGUGAAAUUAGGUUCACUUGCAGAAAGGACGCACUUUGAGAGACCGUCAAGGCGAAACCCGUCUGGGCCUACUAUCCACAGCUUCACGUUUUCUGACACGAAAAUCGGUGGAGCUGAGUUGGCUAAGAGACGUGGAAAGCCUUCAGCUGUAACAAUGGGCAUUUCACCUCCCCAGGUUCCUGUGUAUCAGACAAAACAACAGACAAGUAACAUAAGUAGCGAAGUCAUAUUCAAAGCAAAGGAAAAGGGUGUGGCUAGGAUACAUGUUGACAACAGCAAGCGCGUUGGGAAGCAUUUUGAACCAGCUGUCUCUGAAAAUUUAGAGGAUGUUGGGAAGCUUUUUGAUUCAGAUGAAUCUGAAAAUUCCGGGAAUGUAUCCAAAACUAGUUCAGACGCGCCACUUUUGCCAUUUCGAAAUCGCGAUGGGUCCUUUCUGACUCUUGGAUCUGAUGGCAAUGUAUCUUCGUCAGUUACAAGUAAUGGGUUAAUGAGUUCGCCAAAUGUGUUCUUAGUUGAUGGGCAGUCAGGAGAGGGGAGUGUGAAGGCCGGGAAAAGGGAUUGGAAAUCUCAAACAUUUGACCUGUGGUGACUAUGGCCGGCUGUUGACCUUGGUGGUGUAGACGAGACAACUCUAUGACAAGAAGGUGGGGAUUCACAUGAUUAUCAGUGACAUCAUUAGUUAAUGAAGUACUAUAGGGAUUUCCAUCCAUGUGGCCAGGCUGAUGUAUGUGGAAGAAAUGGGUGGUUAACAAUGUAGUGAAAAGAGUAGAACGUAAUCCGACAAGUGGUACUUAUGAUAUUUUUGAUAUCGGUGUUAAACUUACAGGAAAAGCUGAAGUGGUCUAUUGGUUUUUAAAGCAGUUAAAAGUGCAUUUUUUGUAUAAUGUACAUGUAUAUACUGGCAGUCAGGAGGGUGUGAGCUAGAUCUAGACACCAUGUCUAUCUUGUGAUUCAGUUUUAUGGCAAAUAAGAUUUUCAAUCCAAAUACUCAUCAGGCAAUGCUGUCACUCUGGGGGGUCGGUCAAAGUAACUUAAUAACAUAAUAUUGAGAUAGGGUAUAUUUAUUUGUAA